CGUAUUAUGAGAUUCCAGUGAGCGGGAACUGCAUUAUCUGUGGUGUUAUGGGUUGUGGUUUAGGUUUAUAAUUUUGUGUCGUUUGUGGUUAAUUAGGACUUUAUUCGGUUUAAAAGCCUUUUGUUUAGAAAAUUUAUUAUUAGUGUCUACAGCAUAUACAUUGUAAUGCCUGCGUACCACUCAUGCUUUCUGGAAUAUAACCAGAUGGUCGGAAAUAUGGCCAUUCUUCCCUUCAGAACUCAAUUCAGAGGCCCUGCUCCAACAUUUACGAAGGAUAUUGAUAUAAUUGAUGAAGCUUUAUAUUUCUUUAAGGCUAAUGUAUUCUUUAGAACAUAUGAAAUAAAGAGUGAAGCAGACAGGGUACUGAUAUAUAUUACGCUGUACAUCACGGAGUGUCUGAAGAAAUUGCAGAAAUGCAGCACCAAGAACCAAGGCAUGCAUGAGAUGUACACAUUGGCUAUAUCCAAGUUUGACAUUCCUGGUGAACCUGGAUUUCCGCUCAACUCGGUUUACGCGAAACCCAUCAAUUCCACAGAAGCUGAUCUGAUGAGACAGUACUUGCAACAGAUCAGGCAGGAGACAGGCGUGCGGGUGUGUGAAAAGGUGUUUGGGACAGAUGAUGGUAAGCCAUCAAAAUGGUGGCUGUGCUUUGCCAAGAAGAAAUUCAUGGACAAAUCACUGUCUGGCCCAGGGCAGUAAUGAAACACUAUCUUGUUUUAUAUUGUAAUUGUAUAUACUUUAUGUAUCUGUCUUUAGGCCUAAACUGUAUUUGGAAUUAUGUCUAUUUUCUUCUUGUAUUGUUGGUCAUGAUAAAAGUUUCAAGAUAAUAAACAUUAAUUUCUAUAUGUGGUUAUGAAAGUCUUCGCUUUAGAGUUAUGUGAUUUUGACGUUUACUGUAGCCAUUUCAGGCAAAUGUUUAGAUAAGAAUGUGCGGUGUCACAGCAGUAUGGCUAUUAAUCUGUGUAAUAAAUAAGAAAUUUGUGUAUGUCUGUGCCUAUUGGUAUCUGUCCUGCCUGGUGAUUUUUGAUCAUUUUGACUGAUGGUGAUUUUGACUGUGAAUUAGUGUUGAGAUGUAAAAUUAUUUUGUGUCUGUAAAAUUAUAUUUUUAACUAACUUUGUA